AUGUUCGGCCGCCAGUGCUGGAUUUCUGUGAAUGUGGCCUUAACUCUGGUCCUUGGGGCCACAAUUCCACCAGCCCGUGCUGCGCCAACUCCAACUCUUCUACUGAAGUACAUCCCUCCUACUUCGCACUCUGUCAAUUCGAUUCUAGAAUCCUGCAGCGAUUCGUGGUCGAUUGUCUCAUUCUUGUUCCUUUACUGUCAAUACCCAAAACACACUCCUUCGCCAUGGUAUGCGCGCUCUUCUUCCAUUGACAUUGAAAAUCCACCGGAAAUACGGACUGCGGCGCUGUCUUCUCGUCCCUCUUCACCCGCCAAUGGCCCCGCCGCGGCCAGCGGUUCAAGCAUCAGCCGACCUUCCUCUCCCACUCCUCCCGGCGGACCCCGAACUGCCAUUCGUCGACGUGCUGCCGCCGACCAGAAGGAGAAGCUUGCCAAUGCUAGGCCAAGCAGCACACGGGCCGCUGGCGCUGGCGGCUCCAGCAGCACCAUGCUGAGACUCUACACUGAUGAGUCUCCCGGACUGAAGGUUGACCCCGUCGUUGUUCUCGUUUUGUCUCUGGUUUUCAUCUUCAGCGUUGUUGCUCUGCAUAUCAUUGCCAAGAUCAGCCGCAAGUUCUCGAGCUAAACGAAUUUCUUUUAUGGGAAAUUGUAGUGGUGUGGAAAGAGAGGGCGAGACAAGAAUGGUAUACUAUUUUGGAGGAAAACGGUUCCAAUAACGGCGCAGGUUUCAUGAAUACCAUAUCUAGCUGAGACGAGGCCGAUGCGGAGGAAAAGGCUUUCCCAAGUGGAUGUAUGGAUUCGGCAGAUCCAUUCUGCCACCCUAAUCACCAUGGAGUCUGAGCGACCAUGACAUUUUUUUGUAUUAUAUGAGCAACAAGGUUAUUCCAAUUUUUCGUAUGCGUUUUUUCCCUUCUAAAGUCUACGUUGUUCUUUAUUUAUGUAGUCAGGAGAGAGCUUGCCUUCGGUGCUAGGAGCUUGAUAAGUGAACCUGGUCUAGCUAGG